UAACCUGAGCUGUGUGAACUUGUUCACCCUCAAUCUCAAAUCUCACCCUAUAUUUUUUUUCUUUCUUCAUUUCCAAUCUCCCACUCAUCUUUCUUUGUUUUCUUCUCAACAACCUAUAAAAUUUGAAAGUGUAAUGAUGUAGAAGAAUAAUAAGAGACCAAAACAGUGUUGUCAAAAAAACAUACAUAUUAAUUGGUCACUUUGUUGUUGUGUUGGAAUUGUUUGAUGGGUGAAGAAAAGGGAAAAGAACAAGUGUUGAGAAAAAAGAAAGGUAGACACAUGGGAGUUAAUGGAGAUAAAUGGUUGUAUAGUAGCUGUUUAAAGAAUUGUGCUAAUUGGCGUUGCUUAAGAUACCAAAACUCUCCAUUUAAGUGAAACAAAAACAAAACAAAACAAAACAAAACCUUUUUCUCUUCAAUUUAGAUCUCAAUUUUCACUAAUCAAAUUUAAGGACCUUAAUCUUAUAUCAUAAGAUCCGUGUCUUAGUUUAAGUACUCAUGAAGAGACUUGGAAGCUCUGAUUCUUUAGGUGCUCUCAUGACAAUUUGUCCACCAACAGAGGAACAAAUUAGUCCAAGGAACAACCACGUGUAUGGAAGGGAGUUUCAAUCUAUGUUGGAAGGACUUGAUGAAGAAGGGUGUGUUGAAGAACCCUUACAUCACUCUGAGAAGAAAAGAAGACUAAGUGUGGAUCAAGUCAAGGCUUUGGAGAAGAAUUUCGAGGUUGAAAACAAGCUUGAACCUGAUAGGAAAGUGAAGCUUGCACAAGAGCUUGGUUUGCAACCAAGACAAGUUGCUGUUUGGUUCCAAAACCGUCGUGCUAGAUGGAAAACCAAACAAUUGGAAAGAGAUUAUGGUCUUCUCAAAGCUAAUUAUGAUGCGCUUAAACUUAAUUAUGACAACCUCCAACGUGACAAUGAAACCUUGCUCAAAGAGGUUAAGGAAUUGAAAUCAAGAAUGCAAAUAGAAGAAGAAAACACAAGUACUGAAAGCGAUGUUUCCGUGAAAGAAGAGUUAAUAACUCUACAAGACUCUACAACCACACCAACUUGUGAUGAAACCGCCAUUCCCGAAUCAGAUUCAAAGGAUUUAAACUACGAAUGUUUCAAAAACAGUGAUGGUGUCGCUUCUCUGUUUCCUGCGGAUUUCAAAGACGGUUCUUCAGAUAGCGACUCAAGCGCAAUUUUAAACGAAGACAACAAUAACAGUCCCAACGCAGCGAUUUCUUCAUCUGGGGUUCUCCAAAAUCACAACUUUUUGAUGUCGUCUUCGCAAUCUUCAAUGAGUUGCUUUCAAUUUCAGAAGUAUGUGAAAAUGGAAGAGCAAAAUUUUCUUGGUGGAGAUGAGACAUGUGAUUUCUUCUCAGAUGAACAACCACCCACUCUUCAGUGGUAUUGUUCGGACGAUUGGAAUUAAGAGAAAAGAGUUUUAAACUUGGGGGGGUGGGAAUAGAAAAAUAAGACAUUAUGACACGGUGUAUUGUAGUAAAAAUGGAUCAAUGAUCGCAUGGUGUGGGGUCGGAGAUGAAAGGUUGAUGAUGAUUAAAGCCGUGCGGAGAAGAGUUAAUUCAUCAAUAAUAAUGAUAAGGUUGAAAUUAAAUAUGUCUUGUACAAAUUUUGAAAUUCAUUGCUACAAAAUAUUUAAUGUUCGCAGCUUAAAUA